GCUUUUCUGCCUGGUUCGCUUGUCCCGAAGUUCACAGCGGCCUUUUUCAUGUUAAAUUAGGCCGAUGUUUAUUGGCAGGAGGGGCAUCCGUACAGAGAUCCCGAAGCAGGCGAAUCGGGCGAUGCUGCGCCUCCCGCAGAGGUGGUGCGCUCCGGGCUUGGCUAGUCCUGCCCGGCAGGACUGGCUGGGAGCUUCCAACAGUCGGACAAGACCCUCAGACCCUCCGAGAUGCUGCCCCUCUCUGCGCUGCCCCGAACCCUGCUGUUACACGCCCGGAGGGGCGCUGGGCUGCGCUGGAGGCACGUCUCCUCUCUGACGGUGGCCAAUGAGCCCACCUUGGCAUUCACACAGGGCAGCGCUGAGCGGGAUGCGCUGCAGAAGGCUCUGAAGGACCUGAAGGGCCGGACAGAAGCGAUCCCCUGUGUUGUCGGGGACGAGGAGGUGUGGACGUCAGAUGUGCAGUACCAGCUGUCGCCCUUUAAUCAUGGACACAAGGUGGCCAAGUUCUGUUACGCAGACAAGGCCUUGCUCAACAAAGCCAUAGAAGCUGCCUUGGCUGCCAGGAAAGAGUGGGACCUGAAGCCUGUGGCAGACCGGGCCCAGAUCUUCCUGAAGGCGGCGGAUAUGCUGAGCGGUCCACGGAGGGCUGAAGUCCUUGCCAAGACCAUGGUGGGACAGGGCAAGACAGUGAUCCAAGCGGAGAUCGACGCUGCAGCCGAGCUCAUCGACUUCUUCCGGUUCAACGCCAAGUUUGCCAUAGAACUAGAGGGGGACCAGCCCAUCAGCGUGCCACCCAGCACCAACCGCGUGGUGUACCGGGGGCUGGAGGGCUUCGUGGCCGCCAUCUCACCCUUCAACUUCACUGCCAUUGGAGGCAACCUGGCAGGUGCACCGGCCUUAAUGGGCAACGUGGUCCUGUGGAAGCCCAGUGACACUGCCAUGCUGGCUUGCUACGCUGUCUACCGCAUCCUCCGGGAGGCCGGCUUGCCCCCCAACAUAAUCCAGUUUGUUCCAGCCGAUGGGCCAACAUUCGGGGACACGAUCACCAGCUCAGAGCACCUCUGUGGCAUCAACUUCACAGGCAGUGUGCCCACCUUCAAACGCCUGUGGAAGCAGGUAGCCCAGAAUCUGGACCGGUACCACACCUUCCCACGCCUGGCUGGAGAGUGUGGCGGGAAGAAUUUCCAUUUUGUGCACAGCUCAGCCAACGUGGACAGCGUGGUGAGCGGGACGCUGCGCUCGGCCUUUGAGUAUGGCGGCCAGAAGUGCUCAGCCUGCUCGCGCCUCUACGUGCCGCAGUCGCUGUGGCCACAGAUCAAAGGGCGACUGCUGGAGGAGCACAGCAGGAUCAAAGUGGGCGAUCCUGCAGAGGACUUUGGGGCCUUCUUCUCUGCAGUGAUUGAUGCCAAGGCCUUCGCCCGCAUCAAGAAAUGGCUGGAGCAUGCGCGUUCCUCGCCCAGCCUCAGCGUCCUGGCGGGGGGUCGGUGUGAUGAGACGGUGGGUUAUUAUGUGGAGCCGUGCAUCAUCGAGAGCAAGGACCCGCAGGAGCCCAUCAUGAAGGAGGAGAUCUUCGGUCCCGUGCUGACGGUGUAUGUGUACCCUGACGACAAGUACAGGGAGACGCUGCAGCUGGUUGACAGCACCACCAGUUACGGCCUCACGGGGGCAGUGUUCGCCCAGGAUAAAGCGGUUGUCCAGGAAGCCACGCAGAUGCUGAGGAACGCUGCUGGCAACUUCUACAUCAAUGACAAGUCUACUGGGUCUGUGGUGGGCCAGCAGCCCUUCGGGGGCGCCCGGGCCUCUGGGACCAAUGACAAACCAGGAGGUCCCCACUACGUCCUGCGCUGGACAUCACCCCAGGUCAUCAAGGAGACUCAUAAGCCCCUGGGGGACUGGCAGUACUCCUACAUGAAGUGAGCCCUGCCCGGCACCUGUGCCAGCCACUUGGCUGUCCACCCGGAUGGCCAACAUCUCUGCACUGACCCACUGCUCCCCACUAGCCCCUCCUGGAUUCUCUUACAGCUGAGCUUGACCCUGACCUGGCCACUGGGCUUGUAUCCUGAUGCUUCCUUUUCCCUGGAGUCAGGUGCUCAGGCUUUGGCUUUGUGUCAGACUGUGGAGGGGCAGCCAGUUCACCCAGAAAUCUCAUCCACUGUGGAACACCCUGGUGCCUGGAAGGUUCUUCACCUGUCUGCUUCACUGUCUUCAUCCUGGGCCCGGUGGCUCAGAGGCCCUCAGAGACGGAGAAAGAGAUGCUCUCAGGAACUUGUGGGGAAAGGAGACAGCUCCGGUGCCUGUAAUCUUGUCACUCAAAGACUCCUGACCUUGGCCUUGACCCCUCCACAUGUCCACAUGACCUCAGCCAGAUGGCUGCAGGGGUACCAACUGGCUUUGCUCCCUGGUCUGUGCCGGAUCCUCCUGCAGGAACUUGUGCCCAGCUGUAUGCCUUAGACCCGUGUGCCUUCUUCCAGGGUGUCUGAGGGUCCUUGAGCCUUCCUCCCUCCUGGCCACCUGCUGGGAGUGUCCAGUGGUCAUCCCAUACAGGCUAAUUUUGGGAAACCUCCAUGUGGGCCUCCAUUCCAUGCAGUUGUCCGAUGCAGCCAGCCCAGGGGUGGUCAGUGUGAGCUCCUGCUUGGGUCCCGGAUCAUCUGAUGUUGUUUCUAGUGGCUUGAGAGCGUGCAGGGUUCCCCUUCAAGGACAUUUGCCAAGGACCCACGUGGAGCUGGCAUGGGUGUCUCCAAGGGCCACCCUCUCUCACACUCAGGAGCAGGUACCAGGUCAGCUCUAUGCUGUUUCCUCUUGGGGGUCUAUGUCGUUUCCCACUGGGCUACAAGAGUCCCCAUUCCCACUGGUUCUAUACUGUGAGGGGAUGGGGCACACUAUGGCCACCCAGGAAAAUAUCUAAUCAAAGCGGUGGUCCUUGGGAGGGAUGUGAGGGGCUGGGUGGCUUCUCUUUCCAACUCUAACGCAUUGCCAACAUCUUGUCACAUGAUGCCCUUGGCAGGACUGAGGGGCCUCUGAGGCUGGGGGGUAGCAACUCUAAAGCCCAAUGGCUAGGUUUAACUGUGGCUUUCUGUCUGCCACGAAGGAGGUCUCCAAUAAGUUACGUGAAUUUUCCAACCUUUCAUCUCUAAAAUGGUGAUGAUCCCAUCGCAUACGAGGAGGAUCAAGGGAGCAGAUCCAUGAGGAUUUUGGACAGUGUGAGACAGAUACUCAAAAAUGUUACCUGUUUUUACUCAUUGUUUUGCCACCACCACCGUGUUCUCUGGCAGUGAAUUUUAUGUGUCAGUUUUGCUGGACCGCGGUCCCCAGAGACCUGGUCAACCACUGUGGAAGUUUCUAUGAAGGUGGUUUUUGAAUGAGAGUUCAGCUUAAA